GUCAUUAUCGCGGGCACAAGAUGGCGCUGUGGUUGCAUUUGAUCCCGCAGUUGCACCGGCCGGGGGCUGCGCCUCGCCAUCACCAGUUCAGGUCCAUACACCCGGACAUGUUUGCAGGUGAGAUAUUUCCUGAGCUCUACACGACCACGUCAGCUUUGGAUGAUGAAGAGGACAGCACAGAGCCGGAGGAGGAUUCCUCAGAAGUAGAGGAGUGCGAGCCGUCCCCCUCUCCACGUCCGGCACUCUCCGCACUACCAGCACCACAACCCUCGCCCAAAGAAGACUCCCUCACCAACUUGGACUCUCAGUACUACAGCUACACGGUGGCGCUGGGAGUGACGGUGGGCGCGGGCUGCUUCCUGCUGGCGCUGAACGUGCUGGUAUUCGCCGGCAUCUACCUGCAGCGCGGCCGCCGGAGAACUGCACACCGCCGCCCGCGGAGGGAAGGCAGUUGCAGCAGUCGCAGCGGGGCGUCUCUGAGCAACGAGCCUACUUCUGUGACCUCUCCUCGCAAAAGCACGCUCAAGCGCAGCAGCGAGUCAGAACUCAAAGAGAGGCCGAGCAGCGCCGGCGUCGCGCCUCCAAAAAAACGCGUCCAGAUCCAAGAGAUAUCGGUGUAGACGAUUUUUGAACGUUAGUUGAUACAGCCGGUACAGUAUCUGUUACUGCAACUAUCUGGUGUAAGUGUGUGCGAGUAAUUACAAUGUGAUGACUAAUCGUGUGAGAGUGUGCGUAACUGUGGCAACGAAACGUUCAUCAUGAGGGAUCCGACGGCAAGAUGUCGUGUGGCAAUGAGCACACACUAUAUUAUGAAGUGUUUCUUCGUGACUGUGUGAGCAGUCUUUCCGUUGAUGCAGGCUGUAUGCUCCUAACUAUACAAAUACAACGAGCGUGACACAUGACGUACGUGUGUGGCUCAAGCGAUCUCUCUUCAGCGCUAGAAUACACUGCUGGCUGUGUUCAGAUACAAUCCACUUUCAUCGCGAGGUCAGUGCACAAUCGAUAUGUGAUUUUCAAUUUGCAGAGAAGUUGUCUAGGGUUGGGGGCCGUGUAUCCUAGCAUCAAGUAUCUACCUCCUGAACAAAUAAACGGUUUAGUGCAAUUUCCAUUUCUGUUAAGUUUUUGUUAUUGUUUGUCUCGA